AUGUCCACAAAUCGAAGAUUACGAAAAACGCGUUCUAAAGAGAAUCGCAUUGGGCACAAAAUAAUAAAUGUAAGCCCUAUCACGGCAUAUCUCAUUGAAAAACUUCAUCUAAUAGGCUACCAAUAUUACAAUGAUAAAGCGACUUCGUUCGCGGAGCUUCGUGUUGAAGGGAUUGCUCGAAAAUUUUGGAUACAUAAAGAAUUCCUCGUUCUCCAAUCAAUUUUCUUUAAUGAUAUCUUUAAUCGCGUCAAGAACAGAAAUGAACCCAUCACCAUCACUGUUCCCUCUCCUGGAACCUUUGAGUCAAUUCUUGAAUAUUUAUAUGAUGGAAAUGAUGACAAAUGGUAUGACACUUUCACACCCGAGAACUGGCAUAGCGUUCUGGAAAAUAUAAAGUUUCUCGGAUUGGGAGCAAGGGCUUACGCUGUUUGUAUUUCUUUUUGUGAGAAUCAAACCAAUUAA